AAUAAUAAUAAUAAGAGAGAGAGAGAGAGAGCAGAAUCAAAACCAACGGUGUUGAUAAAUUUCAUGAUCUGAUCAGAGUCGUCUCCUAUCUCCUCUCCUCUCCAGCGUCCGAUCCCUUCUCUUUCCUCUUUCACCUCCCUAUCCAAUCCUUAUUAUUCUCUGGCGCCCUUUUCCAAAGCUCUCCUAGCUAGGGUCUGAGGAUGGCGGAGGAGGCACCACCGGCGAGCCCAGGCGGAGGCAGCCGCGAGAGUGGUGAGCAUAGCCCCCGCUCCAACUCCAACUCUAAUGUCCGUGGGCAAGAUAGGUAUCUUCCUAUUGCUAACAUUAGCCGGAUCAUGAAGAAGGCGAUUCCUGCCAAUGGUAAGAUCGCCAAGGAUGCCAAGGAGACCGUUCAGGAAUGCGUCUCUGAGUUCAUCAGCUUCAUUACCAGCGAGGCGGGUGAUAAGUGCCAGAGGGAGAAAAGAAAGACGCUCAAUGGUGAUGAUUUACUGUGGGCCAUGUCGACGUUAGGGUUUGAGGAUUACAUCGAUCCGCUUAAGAUUUACUUGACUCGAUACAGAGAGGUCAACUUGAACUUCACUCUCUCUCUUUUCACCUAUUUGAAUGACUCUGGCAGCACAUUUUUGUGGUUUUAGUUUAUAAUAACAUGAAAAUGGUCGUACCAAAGUAGUUUUGGGAUUCUGUUUUCAUUUGUUGUUUAUUUGAUACGGGCUAUUGAUUUCUGAAUCUGAUUUGUCUUGUUUAAUUCCCCAACAAUGAAAUUAUUAUAAAAGAUUUUAGGUACUAAUUGUUUUAUUUUUCUUGUUAUUUUAUUGGCUGAACGGAUGAUGCAGAUGGAGGUAUGUUGAUAUUCUUUUCCAUAUAAAUACAAAUUCUUUCUUUCUUUUCAAAAUUGAUUUUUUCUUUUUUGUAAAAUUUGAUUUUUGAACACUGGGAUCUGUAAAUUGUGGUGUUUGACGGGGUGACACCAAGGGAUCAGCAAAGGGCGGUGAAACGUCAUUUAAAAAGGACUUUCAACCGAAUCCAAAUGUCCAGAUUUCUCAUCAAGGAUCUUUCUCACAAGGUGUCAAUUAUGCAAAUUCUCAACAAUUGGUUCAUGAAACUAAUAGAGUUCUUGCUGGAUGUUGAAUUGCUUUGGGUAUUCUGGCUCUAAUAUUACAUAUUCUGGACUCUUGAAAUAUUUGUAGUCGCAGGUCCAGCAUAUGAUGGUUCCUAUGCAAGGCACCGAGUAAACAUAUACUCUUCUUCAACCAGUGCCAUAAUUUAGAGACCUAUUUAAUAACUCGCUAACAUUAUGGAUGGUUUUGGUUCUCUUGUUGUGUCUAGAGUUAUUUUAUGGUGAUGUUUAUAUAAUUAGGGUACCUUUUGCAGUAGGAUGACUGUUUAAGAAACACUGUAAAUCCCGAGAAUAUUAUUUUCGUACUAUAUUGUGGACUCGAUACUUGUCAAGCAUCUUUUAUUGCAUUAUGAAUUGAUUAUCAAGCUCAAAAUGCAUUUACUUGUGUA